UGAAUAUUCCAUUCUGAACCUUUUUUUGGUGCAAAUAUCUGCUGUGAGUUUUGACAGAGUUGAAAAAGAAUUUUCAAUUCUGGAUUCUUUACUGGGACUAAUAUCAACAGUGAACUGGGAGAAAUUGCGUGGAUUCUGUCCAUAAUGGAGAGUGUUGAUCUUGGACAUCCCAUUGGCGUUGAAGCAGGAGGGACGAGUUACGCUGAGAUAGACGACCACUUCUACGACACUGCCGAGCUUGCCACCCCAGAUAGCGGUAUCGCAGACACAUCGCCGACUAAAGAUCCUGCGGAAGUAGAGAAAGAGAAGGAAGAAUGGAGGGUAGAGCUGGCUAAGACAGAGGAAGAGAUUCAGACAUUGAGAUCAGUCCUCGGUGCGAAGGUCCGCCAUGCUAACGAGCUGAAGAAGAAACUUGGAAUCACGACGCUGCAGGAGUUCAAACAAGAUGUCUCCAGCACGCUGACCAGCAUUCGGGAGUCUGACGCGUACAAAAAGACGUCCGAGAAAGUGCACCAACUCGAAGACAAGAUCACCCACUCUGAGACGUACAAAAAGACAAAUGAGAAAUUGCACCAAUGGGAAGAUAAGAUCACGUCGUCGGGAGCCUACCAGAAGACGAAUGAAGCUUUCAAGAAUGUCGGCACCAAAGCCAGUCAGGCUGCCAAUGCUGCAGGAAAGAAACUGUCAGACCUAAGGAAUUCCCAGACCUUCAAAUCAAUAGAAGAGAAAGUGGGCUCUGCUUACAGUAAUGUCAAGGCCAAAGUGACCGGCAGUAAAUCAGAGACCAAUUUUGACGAAGCCUUGACUGACACAGCCACUGAACAGCAAGAGUCUAACGGCACGGGCCCUGCGCCUGAGACCAAAGUCCCACUGUAGAUGGCAGCACUUCUGAACAGCAACCAAGAUAAGACGGGGGUCAAAGUAACCCUAGCUGCACCUUUCAUUUCACAUGGAAUAUUGAACUGUCAACACAGUUAGGAACUUGAUUUGUGAAAACUAUGGGAGGUUUCUGUAAUUAACAAUAACAUGUAUGAAAUAUUAAUUACUCUUUUUUUUUUCUCUCUUAAUGAAGUUUAUUCUUGUGACAGUAGUAAUAGGCACCUUUACCUAAUAUUUUGCUAUACAUUGUUGCUUAAAAAUUAUAUUGACAGUUAGAAAUAAUCUUGUAGUUUUAACUUUUGAAGUAUAUUCAGAAUGGUACUACUUUCACUUGGAUAAUCAUUGACUCUCCCAUGUUUAAACAAAAAAACUAAGAAAUAAAUUCAUAGGUACAUCAUGCAUUAGAUAUCAAGCAUUAAUAUUAUUGCACAUGUACAGAGUGCUAUUGGGGGGUAGUAGUAUAUUUGUCAUUGUUAAGAUUUAAUGUGAGUUAAGGAUUUAUUGCCUUGUUGGGUAACAUAGAUAUGACUGCCUUUUUUGUAUAAUUUUUUCUCUUCUUCUAUGAGUUUAUUAUCCCCACAUGGGCUGAAAACUUCUGAAAAGUUGUGAAUACGAAUAUCAACAAUUACAUUUUAUGGGGGCCACAUGCUUGUUUGUGAUUUACAAAUGUUUCAUUGCAUUAAUCAGAAAUUGAAAAUGACUGCAAUUUAGUUUCAUUAAGAGAUUAUAAAUUUCUCAUCUAAUUGGUUAAAGAUAUUUACAAAGAAUUGCAUCUGAAUCACAUUUAACCAUGGAAAAAAACUUUUCAAGGGACUAAGGAAACGAUAGAAAAAUGCCGCUUUUAAAGUUAUCUGAUUGGAAAGCUAUUUGCGGUAAGCAAUAACUGGCAGUCACCCAGAGUGUGGAGAAACUUGUUCUACAGUCUUGCAAAAGAACUACUUUUGACUGAUUAAUUAUAUAGCUCAACAACUUUUUAAGUGUAGGUAGGGGGUCAAUAUUUCUUCACAAGGGUUUUCAGUAAAUUAGGUGUGAAAUGACAUACCUUGGCUGGUAUAAGAUAGUUCUCAGUGGCCUCUGAAAGUAAAGGUACUACAUGUUAAAGCAAAUACCUAUAUCAAUUUUUAGGUGCUAUGUAACAACCGCAGUACAAACUGUUAUGAUAUAUUACGUGCUGGUUUCGGGUUCAUUAUCAAAUUUAAAUAGAUGUGUUUGUCAACUGCAUUUUAAGUUCUGCUUUCUCUUGCAGACUUAAUUGCUUCCUCUUGGGUUCAAAACUUUUGCUUAAAAUCAAUUUGAUAAAUAGCAUGUAAUUGUUUAGAGGUGGUAUGAAUUGUAUUUGAAAGAAUUAUAUCAGAAAGAGAAAAGCCACACGUUUGUUAAGUGCAAUCUUUUUUUUUUUUUUUUUUUU